ACCGUUCACUGGAAACCUCUGUCGGCUAGUUUAAAAUGUCUUUGGUUGCGAACGAAGAAUUUCAGCACAUUCUGCGUGUGUUGAACACUAACGUUGAUGGAAAGCAGAAGAUCCAGUUCGCAAUGACAUCCAUCAAGGGUAUUGGUAGGAGAUUUGCUAACAUUUGCUGUAAGAAGGCUGAUGUUGACAUGAACAAGAGGGCUGGUGAAUUAAGUGCUGCAGAGUUGGAUAAUAUUAUGAUAGUGGUUGCGAAUCCUCGUCAAUUCAAGGUUCCAGAUUGGUUUUUGAACAGAAAGAAGGAUUACAAGGAUGGGAAAUUCUCUCAAGUUGUAUCCAAUCAAUUUGACAUGAAGCUGAGGGAUGAUUUGGAGAGACUCGAGAAGAUCCGUAAUCAUCGUGGAUUGAGGCACUACUGGGGCCUUCGUGUUCGUGGUCAGCAUACCAAGACUACUGGCCGCAGAGGAAAGACAGUUGGUGUGUCAAAGAAGCGUUAAGCUGUUAUGUUUUGACUUGGAGAUUAGAUGAUUUUGAGGAAGCAUAUUUUAAGCUUAUUAGACAUGUUUCCUAUACAGACUUUGUAUGGUUGUUAAAUGCUGCGACGAUUUCAAUUUUGUUUUGAUUCUGUUAAAAGUUUCUUAUUUUCUUA